CCUAUCAGAGCGCGGGGACUGCGGAGUGUGGAAGUGGCCUUUAUUUCCCCCUCCCUACUCCUCGAUCAACUGUGUUCAAUUCUCUAGUUCUACUUCGUGUCUUUUUAAAGUGUGCUUCUUGAAUGUUAGUUUUAAGCAUACCCGGACGAUGGUCGCCUUGUUCGGGGACACAGUACCCGUUUGUUAUGACCCACAUUUGAAGUUUCUGGGCACGAAGACUGGUUCCUUUUGUUUCCUCGGAAGAAUGGAGAUGCUGAACUGAUGGCUUUGAUCGAGGCGGAGAAAGAGAACACACAUUCCACUUUGCUUUGGGGAAGAGGUAGCUGUGCCUGCCUGGCAAACUGGCCUUCCUUGGAGGUGCCAUGAAAUGUCUUGGAUCCUUAGAUGGUGAGAGGCUUGCCUUCCUCCUCAAUGAAGCACUCGCUAAGGAGGCCAGGCUUUGGAAAGUGCCUCUUUUCAAGACCUGCGACAAUCAGGGCACAACUAUUACUCCAUUGCAACGUGAAAAUGUAGUUCUGUGGCUGAGGGACUUGUGCUCAAAGUUUGGUUAUUACCCUGAGACAUUUUUUCUUGCCAUUAGUAUUCUUGAUCGACUCUUGGCAUCUGUCAAGGCACAACCAAAGUAUCUACGUUGCAUUGCCAUUUCCAGCUUGUUUGUUGCAGCCAAAAUCAAUGAGGAAGAUGAGGUCACACUUCUGGUAAAGGACCUCGCAGCAAAGAGUGGUAGUGGCUGUUCCUCUGGUGAGAUUCUGAGGAUGGAGAAAAUCAUACUGGAUAAGCUGCAGUGGGAUCUUUACACUGCCACACCUGCGGACUUUGUGAACAUAUUCCACGCCAUGGUGAUGUCCAGCCGGCCCCAUCUCCUCGACCGAUGGCCUCAGAUGAAUCCCUCUCUCCACGCCGCAUUCUUGACCAGGCAGUUACAGCACUGCAUGGCUUGCCACCAGUUAUUACAGUUCAGAGGUUCCACACUUGCCUUAGCGAUCAUCAGCUUGGAAGUAGAAAGAUUAAUUCCCGAUUGGUUCAUUGUGACAACUGAUCUGCUAAAAAAAGCACAGGUUGAAUUACUGAGGACCGUCUGUGCACAAAGCUUAAUUCCUGCUUUACACGAGCAAUUAAAGAAAACACCCCCCAUUAGGCUGUUGGCUCAAUGUAAUUCUGAUUGAUAAACAAACAUUUUGCUUUCACAAUGAUGCUGAUAAUGCUGUACAUACUGAUUAGUAAAAUUGUAUUAAUGUUGACAGUUUAAACACCGCUUCUUCUCCAAUACAAUGUUAAUAAAAGCUGCCUGUAGAAAUCUUCAUUGAUUUAAAACGUUCUGACUGAAUUUGACAUCUAAAAGAUUUGAGGUGCAUGUUUUCCCAUUUAAUUUCAGUUCUGCUCCAGCAGAGCAUUUCAAAGUAUACUUCCUUUGAACUUUGAAUCACUUCCAAUGUUCAUUCAACCCCCACGUGAGUUCCAAGAGCACACAGAUCUUUGUAGCAGCUCAAAUUGAGGCCUACACGUCAUUACAAAAAGCCUUCUGUUUUUAAGACUAGUUGCAAACCCUAACCCUGUGCUGAGCUGGAGAUCUAGCUGUUUUUGGAAAUAAUAUUGAAAGGACUAUGAGAAAGUAAGGGCCGCACAUGCUGGAGAUUAGAGUGUGUAGUGCUGGAAAGGC